AUGAGACAUAAGACUGGGAAACGUGGCAUUGCAUGGGCUCUUCAAGACAAUUCCGAUUCGCCCGACAUUUUUUUAAACGGAAAAAUCUCGUGGCUCUACAACUGGUCACCGAAAAAGACCGAUGCGGGUAAUUUGGAGUUCGUCCCCACAUUCUGGAAUGGAAAGGAUGUAGGCCAAUUUCCGGAAGGUGCAAAGGUUCUACUCGGCUUCAAUGAGCCUGACCAUGAUGGACAAGCAACGAUGUCUCCUGUUGAUGCAGCCAAAAUAUGGAAAGAACACAUUGCACCACUCGCUAACAAAGGCGUUCGACUCGGAUCUCCAUCGGUCACCGGAAGCGACCAAGGUCUUAACUGGCUCGCAUCGUUCUUCGAAGAACUCAAUAAACUAGGUGAUCCAAAGGUUGACUUUCUCAAUCUUCAUUGGUAUGGCAAAGGCGUAGACAACUUCAUCGCUUAUUUAGAAAAGGCUCGAGCACGUUUUGGUUCAAAACAUUCUGUUUGGGUCACAGAAUUUGCCUGUACUACUUUUAGCGGAUCAACGCCACAAGAAGAAGUUGAUGAAUUUCUUACUCAGAGCAUACAGAAGCUCGACUCGAUUGACUGGGUCGAACGAUAUGCGUGGUUCGGAGCGAUGAAAAAUCUCCCGGACAAUGUUGGCAAUGAAAACUCUUUGAUCGGUCAAGAUGGGCAGUUGUCCGAGUUGGGAAAAAAAUAUGUACAUGGAUGA